AUGGACUCUUUCAAUAUAGACAUAGAUUAUGACCUCGAGAGCUUCCUGAGUCGGAAGCCACCUACUCCUACACCCCAAUAUUUGCCAGAGGCCAUGGUAGUGAGCGAGCCACCAACCAAAAAGAGACGGGACAGCAAGCGCCAAUCGACUGAUGAACCACUUGCUGAACCGUCUGCUCAGCCGUCCACCAAGCCGUCUGCUCAGCCGUCCACCAAGCCGUCUGGCAAGUCGUCCAGCAAGCCGUCCACCAAGCCGUCCAGCACCAAAAAAGUCAAACAGUCAACCUCCGAUCCAGGCGCGCCGUCAGCCUCCGAUCCAAGCGCGCCCGAGUAUGACGACGAAGAGGAAGCGUUUAGGGAGUUGACCGGGAUAGGCCGACGCUUGAACAAAACGUUUGAGCUAGAUCCAACAACGGCAGAUGCGCCAAUGUCCCAGUACUACACCACUGGGGCAGAUCCAAACGCUAUUUUAAACCAAGAAUUCGACAAGUUCAGGAGGAGAGUCAAGAAGAACCUCUUCCGGAUGCAGCCUGUUUCGUCUUUGCGCCCCGAAGUAGAACCUUUGCUGAAAGAUUUAUUCGACAUCAUCUUCAGCUAUAUUCAGGGCAAGAAGACAAAGCGUUUGGAUCGGCUGCUAACAGACAUCGGCUAUCCCGGCAUAACAGAGGAGGAUUUGGGGCAGAAAAAACAUCUGGGGGAGAUUCUAGUCAAAUUGAUCGAGUUCAACGAGACUGGAACCUAUUCUGUCCCCAUUCUUCUGCCAAUCUUCGUCGAUAACUUGUUUAAAAGGGAUAGCCUAAAAUUUCCGGCUAUCUCCAUGACUUAUUUCCUCCUUAACGACAGUCUUCCGAUCGAGAACAGUGCUGCAGUAUUACGGCUGAUUGCCAAACUAGCCGCAAUACCGCAGGAGUUCAUCGAUGCUGUGGAUAAGGGGUUCCGGUUCACGGAGAAGGUGCUAGAUAAUAUUAAAAAAUUAGUGUAG